AAACAGUAAAUUAAUCUCUUUACAUUGCAUAGGAUAAUUCAAGAAUGGUUAUCCGCCGGCAUCAAAAUAGCCUCUUAUCUCUUUCAUUUACACUCACUAUCCAAAACUAAAAAUAAAAUAUUAGUACUUAAAAAAACAAAAAACAAAAUGGCUAAACAAAAUCAGAUAUUAUUAACGUUAGCCCUCCUGAUUUUCUCGUUGAUUUCAUCGGCGACCGGAGCCGCCGAAAAGCCACGUGGCGUCACUUACGAUAGUCGUUCCUUAAUCGUCAAUGGAAACAGAGAAUUGUUCUUUUCUGGUUCGAUUCACUAUCCUCGUAGCCCUCCUGAGAUGUGGCCAGACAUUAUCAGGAAAGCUAAAGAAGGAGGUAUUAAUCUCAUUCAGACCUAUGUGUUUUGGAACAUUCACGAGCCCAUUCAAGGCCAGUUCGAUUUUGAAGGAAAUUAUGACAUUGUCAAGUUUAUCAAAGAGAUCGGUAAACAGGGCCUGUAUGUAACUCUGAGAAUUGGUCCUUACAUUGAAGCAGAAUGGACUUCAGGAGGGUUCCCAUACUGGCUAAGAGAAGUUAAAAAUAUCACAUUCCGUUCUUAUAACGAGCCAUUCGUGUACCACAUGAAAAAAUACGCAGAAAUGGUCAUUGAGCUGAUGAAAAAGGAGAAAUUGUUUGCACCUCAAGGAGGUCCCAUCAUCCUGGCACAGAUAGAAAAUGAGUACAAUAAUGUCCAGCUAGCUUAUAAAGAAAACGGAAAGAAAUAUAUUGAGUGGGCAGCAAAUAUGGCUGUGGGAUUAUACAAUGGAGUCCCCUGGAUCAUGUGCAAGCAAAAGGAUGCCCCUCCAUCUGUGAUAAACACAUGCAAUGGAAGGCAUUGUGGGGAUACUUUCACAGGCCCUAAUGGUCCCAACAAACCUUCUUUGUGGACUGAAAAUUGGACUGCGCAGUAUAGAACUUAUGGAGAUCCUCCAGCACAAAGAUCAGCAGAAGAUCUUGCUUUUUCUGUGGCUCGUUUCUUUGCAAAGAAUGGAACUCUUACAAACUAUUACAUGUACUAUGGUGGAACCAACUUUGGAAGAACAAGCUCUUCUUUCGUGACUACUCGUUAUUAUGAUGAAGCCCCUCUUGAUGAAUUUGGUUUAAUGAGGGAUCCCAAAUGGAGUCACUUGAGAGACUUGCACAGGGCAUUAAGAUUGUCGAGAAGAGCUCUUCUUUGGGGUACUCCCACCGUACAAAAGAUUAACGAGAAUCUUGAGAUCACUGUCUAUGAGAAGCCUGGACCUGAUCAUAUGUGUGCUGCCUUUUUGACCAACAACCACACAAAGUUACCAUCCAACAUUACAUUUAGGGGAGCAGAAUAUUACUUGCCUGAGAAAUCAAUUAGCAUUCUUGCUGAUUGUAAGACUGUGGUUUACAACACUCAAACGGUUGUUUCGCAACAUAAUUCAAGAAACUUUGUUCCGUCGGAGAAAGCAAAGAAUCUAAAAUGGGAAAUAUAUCAAGAAAAAGUACCAACAAUACAUGAUUUGGCACUUAAGAACAGGGAUCCCUUGGAACUUUACAGUUUGACCAAAGAUAAAUCUGACUAUGCUUGGUACAGCACAAGCAUCAACCUUGAUCGACGUGACUUGCCCAUGAGACCUGAUAUUCUCCCUGUAUUGCAAAUUGCAAGUAUGGGCCAUGCAUUGGUUGCCUUUGUCAAUGGACAAUAUGUUGGGUUUGGGCACGGGAACAAUAUCGAGAAGAGCUUUGUCUUCCGGCAACCAGUCGUCUUGAAACCUGGAAUCAAUCACAUCACCCUUUUAGCUGAGACAAUUGGAUAUCCGAAUAGCGGAGCCUAUAUGGAAAAGAGGUUUGCAGGACCCCGUGGUGUGACACUUCAAGGUUUAAUGGCUGGAACUCUUGAUAUCACUUUGAAUGUUUGGGGACAUGAGGUUGGUGUAUAUGGAGAAAAAGAACAAUUAUUCACAGAAGAAGGUGCAAAGAAAGUGAAAUGGAAUUCCUUAGCUGGUCCGCCACCAGGACCUGUUACUUGGUUGAAGACAUAUUUUGAUGCCCCAGAAGGCACUGAUCCAGUGGCCUUGAGAAUGGACAAAAUGCAAAAAGGUAUGAUGUGGGUCAAUGGUAAAAGCCUUGGCAAAUAUGAAAAUUAUGAAUUGAUCAGGUAUCAUAUUCCAAGAGCAUUUUUGAAGCCAAACAAUAAUCUCCUAGUUGUUUUUGAAGAAACUGGAGGUCACCCAGAAAUAAUUCAAAUAGUAACAGUGAACAGAGACACAAUCUGCAGUAUGAUCACCGAAUAUCAUCCUCCAAAUGUUAAGUAUUGGGAGAGAUCUAGAAGUAAAUUUCGUGCCGUCGUAGAAGAUCUCAAAGCAGGAGCUCACUUAACUUGCCCAGACGAUAAUGUGAUCGAGAAAGUUGAGUUUGCUAGUUAUGGUGAUCCAGAUGGUGCAUGUGGAAAUUUCUACAUGGGAAAUUGCACAUCACCUAAUAGUAUUAAAGUAGCAGAAAAGUAUUGUUUGGGAAAACACACAUGUUCUAUCCCAGUUGAGAGAGAGGUUUUUGACGAGCCAAACAAGGACCCAUGCCCUAAUAUUUUCAAGACUUUGGCUGUCCAAGUCAAGUGUGUUGUACCAAAGAAGAAUUAAUUACCUCACUUUCUUUGGUUUAUAAUAGAUAGGUUGAAGAUUGUGACAUGUAGCCAGAGGCGGAUUCAAGAUUUUAAUUCUAUCGGUUUAGUACUCGAGUAUCAUUCCCGGUACACCUUGAUUAGGAGCUUCAGUUUUGUUAACUACUGUAAAUGCUAUAAGCAUUCGCUAUCGGCCAACAUGUGAUUGACUUGGCGAGAUAGGUUAAGCAUUGAGUUGUUGUGAUUUAGGACUAGAGGUUUAUAACAGAUACUGUGGAAGCUUCUCUUGUAUUUCUUCCCUUACUAUCACAUGUCGGGCUAUGACCCUUUUCCAUCAUGUUGUAUAUAUAAUGAAAUCUUUAGGAGCUCAAUUGAUUCA